CCCGCCCCGCCCCGGAGCUCGCGUGCCGAGGUGCGCGAGCGGCGCGGUCAGCUAAUCGGCUGCCGCGCGUGAGUCGAAGCGGCCAAUGGGCGGCUCGAGGGCCGUUUAAAAGCGGGAGCCGUUGGUAUUUGGUGUGUUCCGAGGUGUUUGAGAGUGGUUUGGAUUCAGUGGGUCUUGCUCUUUCCUUUCCUGUCGCUUUCUGAGGGUAGUCUCAUCAACCUGAAGAUGGCAACUCUGAUCUUCGUUGAUCAGGAGAAUGGUGAACUUGGUGCUCCCAAAAGUCAGCUGAAGCUUCCUUCAGGAUCUUCAAAAGCCUUAAUUGAAAGAACACAAGUUAAUACUCCACUUCCUAAAAAAGCGAUCAGUACUUCUCCAGUCGCAUCUCGCUCUGUCAGAAAGGCUCUUGGAAAUGUGAAUAAAACUGAAGGAGUCACAAGCAAGAUGGACAAGAUAAAACAGAAAAAUCAGCCUUGCACUGUGAACAAAAGUGAAUUAGAAAGCUGCCAUGCAGUGGCUGAAGAAGAUUGGCCAGAAAUAGAAAAUAUGUUUCCUUUGGAUCCUCAAGACUUUGAGAGUUUUGAUCUUCCUGAAGAACACAAACUAAGCAAUAUCAACCUGUGUGGUGUUCCCCUCAUGGUAUUUGAAAGGACAUAUGGCAGAUGUGUGAACGUGGUUCCUUCACCUGUGAAGAUUGAAAAGAUUUCAUGGGAAUCCAACUUGCUACAAUCAACUGCUGACUUCCUUGCUACCCUGGAUGAGAUCAUUGACAUGCCACCUCCAAAUUAUGAUGUUUAAUGUGUGUUCUGAAGUUUCUUUUGAGUUCAAAUUUCAUGUAGUUCUGUCUUUCAAUAAAGGCUAGUUUAAUCUGUA